CGGCAGCCUUGUGCAUUCGCGAUGGUCAUGGUUUCUGGUAACUACAGGAUUUCCAGGGCAGAGCCUUGGUCUCUGCUUAUCUAGUCCGGGUUCCCCCACAGGUCAAAGCAGCGUUGGGCGGGGCCAAGGUUGACUCCUACUGGGAGGAGCCGGGAUGCCGCUCCCGUGGUGAUGCAGAGAGGAAUUUGCUGACAGUCCCUUGCUAGGUGGAGCUGGCUUUACCAGGCCGCUAAAAAGGAGGAGGAGGAGGACCCACCCGCAAUCUUCUCUCAGAUCUCUGAAGGAACCACUUUAGUCGUCAAGAACCGGUGAGACGCUGUAGGAUCACUUGGAAGCAUUUCUUCCCAGAGACUGGUCGAGAACUGGAAAGCCUGGGGACAUAGCCUUUCAGCCUGAGCUCUCACCAACAUCUGUGCCCCAGAGUGGGGAGUAGUCCCAGAGUCCAACUGAGACCUUCUACCUGGCUGGGAGCCUACGUGUGCCCAGGAUGACUGCUUCUCCAGAAAGCAUGGGCCAAAAGUUUCGAAACAUGACGGCAAAUGAGUGUUUCCAGUCCCGGAGCACUGUCCUUCAGGGGCAGCCCUUUGGGGGGAUCCCCACUGUGCUGUUACUUAACAUCAUCUUAUGGGUGUGCGUCGUCUUGGUUUACUCCUUCCUCCGGAAAGCUGCGUGGGACUACGGGCGCCUGGCUCUGCUGAUACACAAUGACAGCCUAACCUCGCUGAUCUACGGAGAGCAAAGUGAGAAGUCAUCCCCCUCAGAGAUUUACUUGGAGGCAGAACGCAGGGACAAGGGCUUCUCUACCUGGUUCUUCAACAGCCUAACUAUGAGGGACCGGGACCUGAUCAACAAGUGUGGGGAAGAUGCUCGAAUUUACAUCAUGUUCCAGUAUCACCUCAUCAUCUUUGUGCUCAUCCUCUGCAUUCCCUCCCUGGGCAUCAUUUUGCCUGUUAACUACAUUGGAAGUGCUCUGGACUGGAGUAGUCACUUUGGUCGGACCACCAUUGUCAAUGUCUCUACAGAGAGCCAGUUCCUGUGGCUGCACAGCAUCUUUGCCUUCAUGUACUUCCUCGCCAACUUCGCCUUCAUGAGUCAUCACUGCUUGGGAUUUGUGCCAAAGAAGAGCAUCCAUUUCACGAAGACGCUGAUGAUCACCUAUGUUCCCACUGAAGUCCAGGAUCCCGAGACCAUCAGCAAGCACUUCCAUGAGGCCUAUCCUGGGUGUGUGGUGACCAGAGUCCAUUUCUGCUAUGAUGUCAGGAACCUGAUUGACUUGGAUGAUCAAAGACGCCAUGCCAUGCGGGGCAGGCUCUACUACACAGCCAAGGCUAAGAAGACUGGGAAGGUGAUGAUCAAGGUUCAUCCCUGUUCCCACCUGUGCUUCUGCAAAUGUUGGACCUGCUUUAAGGAGGUAGAUGCGGAGCAGUACUACAGUGAGUUGGAAGAGCAGCUGACAGAUGAGUUCAAUGCUGAGCUCAAUCGUGUCCAGCUGAAGAGGCUCGACCUGAUCUUUGUCACCUUCCAGGAUGCCAGGACAGUGAAAAGAAUCUAUAAUGAUUACAAGUACAUCAAUUGUGGUAGACACCCCAUGCAGUCUUCAGUAACGACCAUCGUCAAAAACAACCACUGGAGGGUUGCUCGUGCCCCUCACCCCAAAGACAUCAUCUGGAAACACCUGUCCAUCCGCCGCUUCAGUUGGUGGGCUCGAUUUAUCGCCAUCAACACCUCCCUGUUCUUCCUCUUCUUCUUUCUCACCACGCCUGCCAUCAUCAUCAACACCAUCGACAUAUACAAUGUCACCCGCCCCAUUGAGAAAUUGCAGAGCCCCGUCGUGACUCAGUUCUUCCCCUCUGUGCUGCUCUGGGCCUUCACUGUGAUAAUGCCUCUGCUGGUCUACUUCUCCGCUUUCCUAGAGGCCCACUGGACGAGAUCGAAUCAGAACCUGAUCAUAAUGUACAAAUGCUACAUCUUCCUGGUGUUUAUGGUGGUCAUUCUGCCCUCCAUGGGGCUGACUAGUCUGGAUGUGUUUUUGCGCUGGCUCUUUGACAUCUACUAUCUCGAACAUGCAACCAUCAGGUUCCAGUGCGUGUUCCUUCCAGACAAUGGUGCGUUCUUUAUCAACUACGUGAUCACAUCAGCUCUGUUUGGCACAGGCAUGGAGCUGAUGCGCCUGGGGUCGCUCUGCACAUACUGCACCCGCCUCUUCUUAUCCAGAUCAGAGCCAGAGAGAGUUCACAUCAGAAAGAAUCUGGCCAUGGAUUUCCAAUUUGGACGAGAGUAUGCAUGGAUGUUGAACGUCUUCAGCGUGGUGAUGGCAUAUAGCAUCACUUGCCCUAUAAUCGUCCCGUUUGGGCUGCUGUAUCUGUGCAUGAAGCACAUCACAGACCGCUAUAACAUGUACUACUCCUACGCACCCACCAAACUGAACGCGCAGAUCCACAUGGCCGCUGUCUACCAGGCCAUAUUUGCCCCACUGUUGGGACUCUUCUGGAUGCUCUUCUUCUCAAUCCUGAGAGUAGGUUCCCUCCACAGCAUCACUUUGUUUUCCUUGUCUUCCAUCAUCAUCUCCGUGAUCAUUGCCUUUUCUGGCGUUUUUCUGGGGAAGUUCCGGAUUGCCCAACAGUAUGAGCAGCCUGAGGAAGAAACAGAGACUGUGUUUGAUGUGGAACCAAGCAGCACCACCUCCACUCCCACCUCCCUUCUGUACGUGGCCACCGUGCUACAGGAACCGGAGCUGAACCUGACCCCCGCCUCCUCCCCAGCCCGGCACACCUAUGGCACCAUGAACAGCCAGCCAGAAGAGGGAGAAGAAAAGAGUGGUCUGAGAGGCUUUGCAAGGGAGCUGGACGAAGCCCAGUUCCAGGAAGGGCUGGAACUAGAGGGCCAGAGCCACUGAUUAGGACUCCAGCUGAGGGGUCAGGGGAGAGCCUGGUGGGGGAAGGCAGGAGCUCCCUCCCACAGACUUUGGGAAGCUCCUGACAGACAUCUGCCACCCUGUGGCCCUUUGAAGAGCCAAAUCUGCUGACCAGUCAGAAAGGGUGGGCUGGAGUGGAGGAGGCUUAGGCCAUGUUUCUGGGACUGGUAGCUGAAGUCCAGGACCCAAGAGACUAUAUGCUGUGUGUCGUGCUGGGGUCAAGCUGGUGCGAGUGUGCAUAAGGAAGAGGUAGGAAGAAGCCCACUGACAGCUUUCUGGGGGGGUUCAUCAUCCCCUACCCAACUCCAGCUGCCCACCAAGGAUUGCUCCAGACCCCCAUCCUCCACUGCAGUCUGAGCAGAGAAAGGUAUGUGUACUGGGCCUUGUGAACAAGAUACCGGUGGCUGUCUCAUCACAGGUUUCCCUACAGAGCAUCUAGAAACUCUGUACCUCAUCCUCUGAGCAAGAGGCAGCUGGGACAAGCCUGGGGAGUGACUGAGGCCUUCCCUGUUUCUCUGCUCUGCUAUCUACUUAUAAUGGUAGCUGGGACACCUACUCGGGCUCAUUAAAGGAGACCUACAUGCAUGUGGUAAAGGAAACUAUGCCUAAUCCUUGCUGGUUGACUUAAGGGUGUGUGUGUGUGUGUGUGUGUGUGUGUGUGUGUGUGUGUGUGUGUGUGUGUGUGUGUGUGUGUAUGUGUGUGUGUGUGUGUGUGUAGGGGUGGCAUAGAGUUCAGGAAACAAUGUCUUCUCUCCAAAACUGAGCAAUGGAAAUUAGGCACACCUCAGUCCCAAGGAUAAAUGAAAAGAUCCCCAAAACCUGGAGGCAGCCACCAAGACAUCCUCUGCCCCAUGUAUAUGAGCGCUGUGUCCCAGCAUGGCCAAGAGUGGUGAAGGUACUGGCCGUCCCCUGCCCUCAGAAGGACUCUUCCUCUUUCAAGCUGCCCUGCCUGGCCUCCAGUGUGGUAGUGGCUCAGGAGUUACAAAUGCUUUCCCACAGUGGUGGCAUCAUCCCAGUCCCGCCAGGGUUACCCAGAAGAGGAGUGGUGUCCCCCGCUCCCCACGGAGAAGACCCUUCUGAUGGGCAAGCCUCUGGCUGGAGGAGCAAGCCCCCAAAAUGCUGGUGGCUCAGCACCUCUGCCCCCUUCUGAGGUGUUCCAACUUCUGCCUCUUAGGACAAGGUAUUUUCAGGACUACCAUGAAGCCUGAGCCACCUGAACCAAGGGGUCUGUAGUCCCUGAAACUCCUUCCCAGAUACCUGGGUUCCUCUUUGCUGCCUAUUUACUACAGGUGGGUCUAGGCUCAUUCCAUCCCAGUGUCUGCAGCUAUGGCUGCCCUAAAAACAGAUCGCUUGGCCUGACCUCUCCUCCAUCUCUGUCACAUCCGGGCCACUUGGGCAGUUCCAAGCUUCACUCCAGGGCAGCAACAGUUGCUCAAGGAGCAGGGAGUGUCCCACACCACGACUUGUCCCCAAAUGCUAGCAUGGUGAUCUUUGCAGAGAGCUUGAGUCAGCUGCAAAAGCAGCUACCUCCAAUCCUUGUCAAGCUUGGAAUAAGGGUAGAACUACAGUCAGCCAGGCCCUUACAUACUCCAGUACUCCGAGGCCCGAGGCCCAGGGAUUUCAUCAAUAAAGCGAAGAACUUCUUCAUAGCAGAGUGGUCAGGCCCAACAUCUAGCUCUGCCCAAAGUGGGGAGUUACAGUCUACCCUACCCCAACCGUGUGUACUUGGUGUGUAGUGAUCUGGAAUGCAACCAGAACCUAGUCCAGGGCCUUUUCUCUGGGCACUGCUUGCUGCCACCUGCCCCAGAUGCCUGCAGCUCUGUCUGCUGCUGCUGGCCCUCCCUUCUACCCUGACCCACUGUAACCCAUGGAAGCUUCAGGUAUAAGGGGUCCUGUAGACAGCAGGGCAGGGUGGCCAGAGGGCCUUCCCCCUCUGAAUCUGGGUCAAAAUUGGCCUGGUUCUGAUGCCGAUGUUGGGCAAGUGGUGGAUCCCUCUCUGCUCUUCCAGGAGCUGUCCCCCUGACUAGACCUUGAGUUUGCAAGGUCACUAAAGGCCCUCCUCAGCACCUGCCAUCCCAGCCCAUUGGUCAUCAUCCCACCCUGGCCUCAUUCUCAGUCCAUCCUCUUUGAUCCCCUCUGAAGGGAGAUGCCUCCCAGGAGACCCGGAAUGACACAGAGCCUCACAGAGGGGGGGACCCUUACUGGGCUUAGAGCAGCCUCACCCCUGCCUGCCUGUCCCUCAACUGCCUCUGGAAGCAAAGUGCCUAUCAGCAGUGUUGUAUCCUCGGGGGGAGGGGGUGUCCUGGAGGGGUGUGGACUAACCACAGUUGCUACCACUAAGGGAAUGUGUCAGAAUGCUGAACCUUCUUGUUAUUGAUGUAUGACUGUGCCUUGAAUAAACAAGUCCUCCUAA